UGAUUCUGCGACAUAGUAGCAAUGGCAGACACGCAAGACCCAAUAGACCCUACAGAAUCCGCAAGUCAACCAACUCGUGAGGCUGAGACGCCGCGGACUGGAACUCGUCCAAAAAAGCCCAGCGUGUCAGGCGGGAGGAGCUACGGGACUAUGGAAGGUUCCGACCCAUUGGGAUUGGAUAUACGCGAUGACGGUGUCCAAGCCGAACAAUCCGUUCGGACACAAUCCUCCCUUUCACCGUCUAUAGCACCUCUCCAGCUAGAUAAGCCAAGAAAGCCCUCCGUGUCGCGACGUAUGUCUUCGAAACGAACAGUACCCCAUAGAGGACAAGAGUUUUCCACCGACGAUGAUGUUCGCGAAGUCGAGGAGGAUAUCGCGAUGCAACAGGCAGUAAUUCCUCAGCCAUCUCCGAGGAUGCGUCCGCUUAGGACCCAGAGCUCAACCAUAAGGCGUCGGACGAAUGCCCGUCCAAGUGCGCUUCCUCUUCCCGAGGCAGAGGAGCCUGAUCUUGAAGACGAAGACUUGACGGAACCUCGAGCGGAGUCAUCAGGUGCAAAUUCAAGUCCCGACCAACCUGAAGACAGUACAGAUCACCGAGAAGAUGAUGAGACAAGCGACGCGGAAAGCUUCACCCUCAAGGAUAGACAACAAGCUAUAAAUGAAACCCAUCCAUUCGGUAUCAGAAUAUGGAAGCCUGCAUUGUACAAGAAGAGUCGCUCUGUUGAGAAGACUGCAGAGGGAGAUAUCCAUUCAUCACCAGGAGGGCGGGUUAGCAAUGUUUUGUUCGUGAUGAACCUGCUGUGGUCUCUAUUCUUCGGCUGGUGGCUUUCUCUUGCAGCCCUAUUCGGUGCAGUCGCCUGUUUUUUAUUUGCAUUCUCAGCUAGUGCCCGAGCAUAUGGAAGGGUCUUCUUGGAUCUUUCCUGGUAUCUCUUCUAUCCUUUCGGGUCAUUUGUUCGACUAGAAACAGAUGAACACUAUGCGGAUGAAGAUGAAGGCGAGGGACGCAGCAUUAGUGAAUAUGAGCAGUGGCAAAAUGGGGAUCUCGAGCAUGGCAGGCUCUUCUUCGGGCCUCGUCGUGAUCGUUCUCUGGUCGGGAGACGACGGAAUAGCCUGGAUUCGACCGGCGAGCGAGACAGCCUUCUUGGCCGCACCCAGCGAGGGCAACAUCAGGACAGCUCAUUCCAUCCGUCCAAACGACGUCUCUUCGGGCGCGGCGAAUGGACGCUAGGCCGUGUCGUGUUCUUUAUAUUUUUCUAUUUUCUGGUUGGUCCGACGAUGCUGCUGGCGUCACUCAUCUGCUGGAUGCUUGUCUUCUGGAUUCCAAUGGGCCGUGUGACAAUAAUCCUCUUCAAUCAUCUCCGACGUCACCCUUUGGCUUUGUCAUUUCAUUCUGACAUGGCAUAUCCUAGACUCCCUUCAAGUUCCUCAUCCUCGAUUCUUCUGUGUACCUACCGCGCUGCUGGUCUGCGGUAUUGGAAGUAUACCAUCGAUGGAACGAACAUCUUCUUCAUCAAUCUUCUCGGUGUCGUUCUAUUUGUCAUCUUUGACUACUUCCUCCUGAGUCAAAGCUUACAUAUCGAGACCUGGGUUACUCACCCGGGCCUAAUAUUCACCCUUGCUCUCUUCUCAAUCAUCCCCCUUGCUUACUUCAUCGGACAGGCUGUUGCAUCGAUUUCUGCUCAGUCAUCCAUGGGUCUGGGGGCCGCGAUUAACGCAUUCUUCUCGACCAUAGUUGAGGUCUACCUGUACUGUGUUGCUCUUACGGAAGGCAAGUCACAACUGGUGGAAGGCAGUAUCAUCGGCAGCAUCUUCGCCGGCAUUCUUUUCCUCCCUGGACUAUCCAUGUGUUUCGGCGCAAUCAAGCGCAAGACACAGAGAUUCAAUGUAAAGUCUGCAGGUGUAACUUCGACUAUGCUCUUGUUUUCUAUAAUUGCUGCAUUCAGUCCCACGUUGUUUUAUCAGGUUUAUGGCAGUCAUGAACUGAACUGUCGAUCCUGCACUGGACCUGCUGACUCUACUUUACGGGACUGCCGCCGUUGCUAUUUCUCCCAGACCCCGGCGAUCAAUGAUGAUUUUUUCGAGAAAGCUGUCAAACCAUACUCCUGGUUUGCUGCAGUCUUCUUGUUCCUUUCUUACGUAAUCGGUCUAUGGUUUACUCUUCGGACCCAUGCGGCACUUAUUUGGGCCACUGAAGCGGAGGAAAAGCGGGCUGCGCACUUUGUCCACGAAUCUGCUGCCUAUGAACCUAGAUACUACCUGUUCCCAAAUGGGCCGCAGGGUUCUGGCCAUAGGAGCUCGAUCCGUGAUUCUCAGCUAUAUAAGCGUAUUCUGGGACAAUCCUUGGAGCAAGUCGGCCUAUCAGAACAUGCCACGGAGGAUGCCUGGGAUCAAACAGAAGUCGGGCCAGCAUUUGAUAACUCGAUGCCUCAUGUUGUUCCCCCGCGAAGCGGAAAUGAUUACGUGAAGUCAGCUUUAUCCGGAAAAGAAAAUGAGAGUCUUGUGCGCCGUGUUACUGAAGUGGCAGCAACGGCGGCUGCGGUUGCUGCUCGGGAUGUAGCACGCUCAAGAAAGCUGGCUGUUCAACAGUCUACAGGACGCCAGGGUAGCAAGGAUACCCCUGACCUGACAAAAUCCAUUGUCGAUGACAAUGAUGAGGUUGGAAUCUCUCCUGAGCAUGGUGGCGCGGCUGCAAGCGGCGGCGGCCAUGAUGCACCAAAUUGGAGCAAAGCCAAGAGCUCUAUCAUCCUUCUUACGGCGACAGUAUUCUACGCAAUUAUUGCUGAAAUUCUUGUUAAUACUGUGGAUGUUGUCUUGGAAAGUGUUGAUAUCGAGGAGAAGUUUCUCGGUAUUACCCUUUUCGCCUUGGUUCCAAACACUACUGAAUUCCUGAAUGCCAUAUCCUUCGCAAUGAACGGCAAUAUUGCUUUGUCCAUGGAAAUCGGGUCUGCCUACGCCUUGCAGGUCUGCCUACUGCAGAUUCCCGCCCUCGUUCUCUUUAGUGCUCUAUACGGUCGUAAUUUCGACCCGACAGAACUCGUCAAUCAUUCAUUCAAUUUGAUUUUCCCUCAGUGGGAUAUGAUCGCUGUGAUUCUCUGUGUUUUCCUCCUGUCAUAUGUCUACGGAGAAGGCAAGAGCAAUUAUUUUAAGGGUUCGAUUCUUGUCCUAACGUACCUCGUUGUGGUGAUCGGCUUCUAUCUCGCCGGAUACAGCAACAUGGACACAAUGGGUGUGGAUCGUUUUGAUACCCUGGCUAUAGGACCUACUAAACCCGAGACCUUCUAUACCGUUGGACGGUCAACUUCGGGUUUUGCUUAUUGAUUUCUUCUCUUUUGUCUUCUUUUUUGAACCUUCCUUUUGCAUUUAUACAAUUAUUGACCUUUGAUGGACAGACACCCCUCUUACAGUUAAUUUUUGUUUUCUCUGGAGCAGUUCUUUUGCACAUCAUGUCAUAUCUAGCAGUUUCAGAUAAAUAGUUUAUCAAAUUUUGUUCUCCUUAUUAUACCA